AUGAAGGAAAACAAGGAAAACGAAGGUACGGAGAGUAGUGAAAAAAGAAUUAAAAAAGAUAAAUAUCUAAAUGAAUUUGGAAAUCAAACCAGUUUCCAUGGAUUUCGUUAUGUAACAGAACACUCUCAAUUGACAAUACGAAGACUAUUGUGGUUUUUACUUAUUUUGGCGUGUUUUGGAGGUCUUCUUUUUCAAAUAGUAGACAGAGUUGCAUAUUACUAUGGAUGGCCUGUUACAGUCAACGUUGUUGUCAAUUAUAACAACACUCUUCAAUUUCCUGCUGUUACAAUAUGUAACCAAAACGCCUUCAAAGCAUCCUUAGCUGCAGAACAUGGCUGGUAUGAACUGAUAGAUCAAAUGUUUUCUUCGCAUCGAACACAAGGUAUUGAGAAAUAUAUACGGAAUAGCAUGUAUGAAAAUAUCAGUUUGGAAACAUUAUACCUUAACACUGCACACGAAAGGGAAGAUUUUAUUUUCAGAUGUUCUUGGAAAGGAAUACCCUGCAAGCAAGAUGACUUCGAUAAAAUAUUGACAGAUCACGGAGUAUGUUUUACAUGGAGUAGUAAAGAUAAUGACUAUGUGUCCUCUCCAGGCGUUGAAAAUGGAUUAAAAUUAAAACUGAAUGUAGAACAGUACGAAUAUAUGCCAGGACCUCACAAUGCAGCCGGUAUUAAAAUUCUGAUUCACGAUAGAUUGGAGAUACCAAUGGUGCAUGCCUUGGGACAGGCCAUGUCAACAGGGGCAAAUGUUUUUACAAGUGUGCAGUUGAUGAAGGUUGUAAAUCUACCUUCUCCACAUGGUGUAUGCAGUAGCAGAGAACUAAACUUUAUAGACAGAUACUCUCAGGGAGAUUGUAAACUGGACUGUCUCUCACAUACAGCUGCAAAAAUAUGUGGAUGUAGACAUAUUUAUAUGCCGUCAAAGAACGGUCUGUAUUUACAUUUCAGUUUUUAUAUCAAUGGUAAAAAGUCAUCGCAUAUAGUAAAUAAAAGACAAAAUAACGAAAAUUUUGACGUUGUAGGUUACCCACCAGUUUGUACAAUUGGACAAUACUACAGCUGUUUAAAACAGAUAUUAGAUGACUUUCCAAGUCGGUAUGAAGAAGAUUGUAAUUGCCCAGUUCCGUGUAAAUCUAAUGCAUAUCACAGCGAAAUUUCAUAUGCAUCAAAUUCAAAAUUUGCUGGAAAGAAGUUUAUUUCAAAGAAUUUAACAGAGAUACUUAUCAACAAGUUAAAGAAUGCAAAGGAAGUUACUUCCCGAAUGGAUGGCGAUUCAUUUCAAAAAUUUAAAGACCUUUACACAAUUUUUCAUACAAAAUUAUCUGUUCUUGAAAUUAAAUUGUUAGAAGAUUUAACGAGUUUAUUAAGUGUGUUAAAGGUGCGAUUGUCAGCUAGUUUUAACCAUUUACGAUCUGUAUGUACAUGGAAGAAAUGGUUGUAUAGAUAUCAAGAGUAUGUUGUUCUCAAGAACUUCAUUCGACCGCGUGAUGCCUUUGAAGAAUCCAAUAUCCAUAUCAUUUCGCUUGCAUUCAACGAAUAUGUUUUAACGAUAGAAAGUAACCUUAGAUCGUUGAAUUCCACUGUCUUCCUUGACACGUCUGUACGCGAAUUUCUUUAUCAACAAACUGUUGAUAAAUUAUUAAAUAGACAAGAAAUAGUCAGACGAUCUCAAAUAAAUUUUGCUCAACUAGGAACGGCGUAUCGUGAAGGCGUGGGAAUAUUCAACUAUACAUACGACUAUGCACCAAGGUCACAUAAUGAUUACGCAGUUCCAGUUUAUUUGUUGAAAGAAUCCUUAUCACAUAAUAAGUAUGCCGUAAAAUUUACUAACCGCCUUGAAUACUGUUUAAAUAGUACAUAUGACAUUUUAACCUAUUUUAAAGAACUAGUUGACAAAACAUAUGCAAGCAGAAAUCUGACCGAAGAAGACAUCAUUCAAGGGAGCGACGAUUUUCGAUCUGUAAUGGGAAGUUUUAGUUUUUCAAAAGCAGUUACAUAUUAUGAAGUCAUAGAAAGACCAUAUCGUAUAUUACAACAAAGAUAUUUAGAGUUUGAAAAGAUAUGUUUCUCAGCAGAAACAGACAUACACACGGUCGAAGAAGCUGUAGAUUCCUUAACAGAAACCAUUAUUUCGUUUAAUAACACAUAUUUUGAACCACUUCAUCUUAUUAGUUCUGUAAUUGAUCGUUAUUUGUCUAAUUUUGACGGCGAAAAAUUGGUGAUUGGAAAACAGUUUUUAUCAGAUUUAAAAACAUUUGAAGAUGUUAAAGAAAUAAUAGAUAGUAAUUAUACAGAACUUCAAGCUAUGAUAACAUUGUAUGAGACAGUUGGUGAAGACGGAACAGCGUUCCUGCAAUCUUUCACAUACCUAAAAGAAUAUUUUUCGGCAUACAAUGAAAUGAUGGACAUUAAUAAUGAAUUUAUCAAGGAAAAUUUUAUGCAACUUGACUUAUAUUAUAAACAAAUGAGCUAUGAGGAAAUUACACAACAGAAGGCAUACGAUUCAUUUGCUCUUAUCUGUGAUAUUGGAGGAUCUAUGGGACUUUUUCUGGGAGCCAGUUUACUGUCUUGGUGUGAAAUAUUGGAUUUGUUUAUCAUAAAUUUUAUGUUACCAAGAAAUAGGCCUCAAUAAUGAAGCAAUCUAUUUAUACCUCUCUCAAAAACAAUAGAACUAAUGUCGUCGUACCUAGCGCUGCAUUUGUCAUGAUUCUAUUGUAAGCUCCUGAUCAUUGAAAGAAAACAAAAUCUACAUGAUAUCAAAGUAGUCAAUGUAUGUUAUAUCGGGUUUUCUAAUUUGGUUUAAAUAUUUAUCAAAGGUACAAGGAUUAUAAUUUAUUACGCCAGACGCGCGUUUCGUCUACAUAAAGCCUCAUCAGUGACGCUCAAUUCAAAAUAUUUAUAAAACCAAACAAGUACAAAGUUAAAGACUAUUGAGGAUAUAAAAUUCGAAAAGUUGUGCCAAAUACGGCUAAGGUAAUCUAUGCCUGGGAUAAGAAAUUCCUUAGUUUUUCAAAAAGUUCAAAAUUUUGUAUACAGGAAAUUUAUGAAAAUGACCACAUUGUUGAUAUUCAUGUCAACACCGAAGUGUUGACUACUGGAAUGGUGAUUAAAACUACUUAUUUGUUUUUAAUUUGACCUUGAAUAAAUUAUUUUGGCUCAAUGUAAAAAAACGUUUGUCUCAGAAAAAAUCCAUUUAAUUCAUCAAUUCAGCAAUAAUCUUGACGAUGUUUUUUUUUCUUUCAGAAAAUGAAUUUAAUUGUCUCACAUAAUAAAGUCAUGUUUGAUAUAAAGGGCUUGACUACAAUAUUGCCUAUGAAUUAAAAUCAUGUAGCAACUCAAUUUUAUUUAUUUGAACUGUUAAUAUUAAGACCAAUAGAUAAUUACUCACUGAAAUAUUACAUGAUGUACAUGAAUAUAUUCAAUUAGAAACAUUAUACAUCUCCAACCAUGUAAUCUUACUGUUGUCAUAUACUGUUUAAAACUCGAUUUAUUAUAAUUUCCAAAAGUUUUACAUCACUUUUGAAUUAACAACUCUUGGUGUCGAACCAAAGCCUGUGAAAACAGUGUUAUCGCACAUACUCUUGAAUACUGAAGUACAAAUUAUUGGGAAGUAAUAAAUAGUAAAACCUAUAUAACAGCCAUUUUACUGGUAUGCUCAUUUAUGGGCAUUAUGUUUGAUGGUGUGUCAGUCUGUCUGUUUGUCAGUUGAACAUAGAAAAUUAUUGUUUAUAUGUACUUUUAUGUAUAAAAUACAUGGUUACAAAAUACAAAAAAAAAAAUAACACGUUUACACCUUAUUUCAUUUUAAUAUUCUGUCAUGGUUGUAAUAACAUCAUUUCAAACACAAACGCAAUCCCAAUUUAAUAUUCUUAAACGUGUCGAUAAAUGAAACAAAUCUUUUAUUUGCUAGAAAUUUACUUGUAAAAAUAUGUGCAUCACACAAAAUACAUCGCUUUUUGUAAAGUUAUCCAUGUUUAUGAUGCACAGCGUCUAUUUUGUUUUUUUGUGUUUUAUAAAAUGACCAUAAACCCACUUAAUUAUGGUAUGGUAUUUCUGACCUGAUACUAAGUACUUUGUAUUGCUUAAUUCUUUAGAAUUUAAUACCAGUUCCCUGUAACCAUCAAAAUUGUGUGGCCACGCAUAUUCUUCAAUUUUCUUUA